AUGCCAUUGAAGGGAGCAUUAGAGAACUACACAUUCCUUCCGUUCAGUGUGUUCCUGGCGAUCUUCUGGAUCUUUACGUACAAAAAGGUGCCAGAAACCAAGAACAAGACAUUUGAGGAGAUUCUGGCUCUUUUCCGGCACGGAAAUGGAAGUACAGAACUGGCAGCGACUCGUAAAGAUUCAAUGUCAACGGCAAUCACUGCGGCCGGAGAAAACUCCUCCCCGGAAAAUGUUCGCCAUCAGACGACCGACUGAAGUUCCGGAACAAAUUGAUAGACAUUUACUCUAUUAUUCGUAAAUUAAAAUAUUCAAAUUUUAUAUUCGAAAAUUAAACUAUUCAAAUUUUAUAUUCGUAAAUUAAACUAUUUUAAUGUUGAAAGACACGUUUAUAUUUCCUGC